UGGGGAGAGCACAGAGCCCGGGCCGCGCCGGCAGGGGACUGGAAAUGAUGAUGGAAAAGCAGGCGUUUGCCUCUUCUUGCCAUUCGCUGAGCGAGCUUGGAUUUAGGGUUGAGCUUGUUAGUAUUGUGGCUGGAGCACCUCUGGGACAGGCUAAGAAAGCUGGGGUUGUUCUGCCUUGGAGACUUUAGAGCCCUUUCCAGUGCUUAAAAGUGGCGUAUACAAAAAUUGUGAAUCCACCCAAGAAUGGAUAAAUGUAAGCAGCCUUAUAUUAACCAGAAGACCAACCUUGAAAAGUUCAGUCCUGAAAUUCUUUCUGAAAUUGAGAAGCUCUUUGCGAAGAAGUUUACUUACACUAAACCAGUGAAUGAUGAAUGGAAGCUGCCAGAUGCCAGCAAUGCUUUUUCAUGUGAUCAUGUGGAAUUUCACUCGCUCCUGGCUCUGAAGAACUCAAUGAAUGAAGUGAAGAACCAACUGAAUGAUAAGAACCUUGAGGAUUGGCAUCGGCACACCUCAUUUACCAAUAAAGCAGGGAAAAUAAUAUGUCAUGUGAAGAAAUCUCUGAAUGCUGAGCUCUGUACCCAGGCAUGGUGCAAAUUUCAUGAGAUCUUGUGCAGUUUUUCUCUUCUCCCAGAAGAAGCUCUUCAAGAUGGAGAACUGAAUUCUGUCCACCUCUGUGAAGCACCUGGAGCUUUUAUAGCCAGCCUUAACCACUUCUUGAAGUCUCACCAUGUCCCUUGCCGCUGGAAUUGGGUAGCUAAUACCCUAAACCCUUACCAUGAAGCCAAUGACACCCUUACAAUGAUCAUGGAUGACCGUCUGAUAGCAAACACGUUACCUUGGUGGUACUUUGGCCCAGAUAACACUGGGGAUGUGAUGACAUUGAGACAUCUAACAGGGCUUCAGAGCUUUGUGAGCAGUAUGACGACAGUCCACUUGGUAACUGCUGAUGGCAGCUUUGAUUGCCAGGGAAAUCCAGGUGAGCAGGAAGCUCUGGUCUCACCCCUUCAUUACUGUGAAACAGUCACUGCUUUAAUGAUCCUGGGCACUGGGGGAUCCUUUGUUUUGAAGAUGUUCACUCUGUUUGAACACUGUUCUAUCAACCUGCUCUUUCUGCUAAACUGCUCUUUUGAGGAGGUCCAUGUCUUUAAACCAGCCACCAGUAAACCAGGAAACUCGGAGGCCUAUGUGGUUUGUCUUCGCUAUAUGGGCAGAGAAAGCCUUCAUCCACUUCUUCCUAAAAUGAUGCAGAACUUUGGAACAGACAUGGUCAACAAAGCCCUUUUCUCCCAGCAUGCACUACCAGAAUCGUUCCUUAAAAUACAUGAAGAGUGUUGCAUAUUUUUCCACAAGUUCCAGGUAGAGACUAUCUCUGAGAACAUCCGUCUUUUUGAGCGCAUGGAAGAAGCAGAGCAGAUGAAACUGAACAAGUUAAGAGACUGUGCAGUAGAGUUCUUCAUGCAAAAGUUCCACAUGAAACCCAUUGGCAGAAAUAACUGGCUUGUCAAGAAAUCCCAGGCUGGUUGCAGCAUGAAUGCAAAAUGGUUUGGGCAAAGAAACAAAUAUUUUAGUACAUACAACGAAAGGAAGAUGAUGGAAACCCUGACAUGGAACGAUAAAGUUGUAAAGGGCUAUUUUAAUCACUGGGCUGAGGAACAUAGUUUAAAUAAUGCUGGGAACAUGUGCAUUCUGGAGGGAUCAUUUUCUAACCUUGAAUGUAGCUAUUGGUACAUUUUGGAAGGAAAAAGAUUGCCAAGGAUAAAGUGUUCUCCAUUUUGUGAUGUUCAGGUCUUAGAGAAUCUUAAUGAAGCUGUGAAGGAGUUGGGUGGUGGGAGGCUGAAAAGCAGGUCAGUGCUGCAGCCCUGUCACUCUUGUGAAGUUCUUCCUGGGGAGCUCAUACUGGCAAAAGUGUCUGAUCUUUCCAGGUGCCAUCAGGAAGAUCUAAAUGAAAGUUGUAGUGACCAGUUCAAGUGCCUUGUGGUGGGCUUUCCCUCCCUCUGUGACGCAGAAGGCCAGCCCAGUAUGGAAAUAAAGCCCAUGGACUCAGCCAUGCUGCUGACUUUCAGCUUCUCUUUGCUGUACGAUGGAGAGCCAAAGUACCAGCAGCAGCUCUUGGAGUGUGUUCUGCGUUCGUUGGCCCAGCUGGCAGCAGGAGACGCGCUGGUUCUGCCUGUUCUCUCCUGCCUGACUCGCUUCACAGCUGGCCUGGUGUUCAUCCUGCACCGCUGUUUCAGGAGCGUCACCUUCGCGUGUCCGGCCUCGCGCGAUCCGCUGGGCGCCGGCGCCGCUUUGCUGUGCGUUGGUUACCGCGGCAUCCCCGCGCCCGUGCUGGAGUACCUGCAGCACCUCAAUGCGCUCAUCAGCUCUCUGCUGGAGGCAGACUCUCCCCAGCAGGUUCUGCAGUUCGUGCCCAUGGAGAUUCUCCUCCAGGACAAGCUCUUGGAGUUUCUAUGGGAUUUAAACACAGCCAUUGCGAAAAGACAGCUCCACCUGAUUGUGCAAGCUCAGCAGCAGCAAAUGGCUAAUGACAUUCCGCUUUAAAAUAACUCUAGAACUGUGUGAGUUGUUGCUGCUAGACCUUGUUUCACAGGCGGGCAGAAGGUGUUACUUUCACAUUAACAAUGUUUCUAACAUUAAUGCAAACUGAUGUGACGUUGAGAGUGCUGGAAGGAUGUUUUUAACUAUCAAUCCUACUUGCACCAUAUUUUCUGUGUAGGAAAUAGGAGAAAAGAAAACCAGACCUUGAUUUCUAGCUGCUGAGAUGAGUGUUUUAGGAGUGAGCAUAAGCCUGAGAGCCUCCUAUUGCCAUCCUUAAAAACUGUCUUUUGGCAUCCCUUUAAUUUACAGUUGGCUUAAUUCUUAAUGGUGGUGUGAGGGAAAUCCUGUGUAACUUGCCUUACCAUUUUGGAUGGUAUGAAAUGGUGGUGGUUAUGGGUACAUGUCCCCAUUUACCAUUCUUAAACAAGAGCCUCUGAAUUUUCACCUCGUAGCCUUUGAAUAUCAGCCUCUUCUUUAGCACUUCAGUCAGUGAGGACUGAGAUGAAAAAUUCCUUGCCAAAGCCUGAUAAUGGUUUCUCCAUCUCAUUCUUGCAGCUGUUUUGUGAAUGCCAUGCUGAUAUCCUGAGUUCCAGUUCUCUGUGCACUUCAGUCACUUGACAGAAGGAUCAAAUGGAGCUGUUUAUGCCAGAGAAGUGCUCAGCCUCUGGCUGUUCAUUGCUUACUCUUCAGGCCAUAAUUUGGAUGGCCAUCAAGCCCUCUCUUGUGACUUCUUAUGGGUCCAAAGCUGAGCUCAAUUCUCAAGAAUGAAAUUUGCUAAAAGAAUUAGCCAGUGGUUGUAGACACUUAGGCUUGUAACAAGUAGAACCUUCAGGAGACAUUUAAAUGCAGGAAACUUCCACCAGCCACAAGAGGCUCAUAUAACAUGCAGAUGCUGGGAUUUGCCAGCCUUUCCAUGCUAAAAAUCCUUAAAACAGCAGCUUUGAGGUGUUACCACCUGAACAAACAGUUCACCAGUUGUGUGCUGCCUUUCUUGUGCACAUGAGUAUGUUCAUGUUUGUGUGGGAGCCCUCAGGGUUGUACAGUCAUGAAGCUUUUGUGUUGUAAGUAAUUAAUGUGGGCUUUUGGUGUGAAAGAUGCAUAUAUUUUUUGAAGUAGAAGAAAAGAUGUUGAUUUACAUUACUGUUGUAUAUUUUGAUUUUAUCAACAAAUGUUGAAAGCAUUAGAAGACUUUUUUUAAAAAAAAAGGAAAACAAAUAUUGUUUGGAGAAAAUAAAACCUUUUAUUUUAGGUUUUCA